AUGAAGGUUCGUGUAUCCGCUGGAGACCUAGAUGACAGCUGCUCACGUUCACGCGUAGUGGUCAUCGACUCCGAGUACACGAAGGAGCAGUAUGGCAAGCUGAAGAGGAAGAUCGACUGGUACCUGCUCCCGUUGAUGUGGCUUUGCUAUGGCAUCCAGCAGACCGACAAGACUGCGCUCGGCACCAUGGCUACUUUCGGCCUGCGUGAAGACACCGGUCUCGUUGGUCGGCAAUACUCAUGGCUCACGACUAUCUUCUACAUCACGUACAUGUGCUUCGAAUUCCCGUCGAACCUGCUGCUCCAGAGGUGGCGGAUGGGCAAGACGCUGGCCAUCUACAUGAUCUGCUGGGGCAUCACCGUCCUCUGCAUCGGGUUCGCCAAGAACUUCACGCAGCUCAUCGUCCUCCGCGCCCUCCAGGGCCUCUUCGAGUGCUGCAUCUCCCCCGGAUUCGUCCUCGUCAUCGGCAGCUGGUACACCCGCCGCGAGCAUGCCUCCCGCGCCCUCGUCUUCCAGUCCGCCAACGCCGGCUUCGGAGUCCUCGCCGACCUCAUGCUUUACGGUAUCGGCACCGUCGAGCACAAGCACCCCGAGGUUGAUUCGUGGCGCUACAUGUCGUACUUCCUUGGCGGCUUCACCAUCGUCGUCGGGCUGCUCUGCUUGAUCAUUUUGGGGACGCCGAGCGAGGUUCCGUGGCUGAGUGUGGAGGAGAGGAAGAUGGCGAACACGCGCAUUGUGAAGAACCAGUCGGGGCACGAUCGCACGGGUACGAAGGAGUGGAAGUGGUACCAGGCUAGGGAGUGUCUGAUCGACCCAUGCUUUUGGCUCGCUGGCUUCAAUGCCUUCUGCUCGUCGGUGCCGAAUGGUGGUCUCACGACAUUCGGCUCCAUCAUCGUGAACGAGCUAGGCUUCACCAACCUGGAGACUAUCCUCCUCAGUAUCCCGCGCAGCGUCACCUCCGUCAUCAUCUUCAUUAUCGUCGGCGUCGUGACUAGCAAGGUGAAGAACCUGCGUCUUUACAUCAUGGGCGCCGCCACCAUCCCGCCUCUCGUCGGAUUCCUCGGAAUGGCGCUCAUCCCUACUCGGGAGGGCACGAAGUGGGCCAAGUGGGGAAUGUACUACAUGACCGUCCCCUUCGUCUUGUCCCUGUUCCUCGCCUGGACCCUCAUCAUCUCCAACCUUCCUGGCCGCACGAAGCGUACCCUGACGUCCUCCUGGACCUUCAUGAUGUACUGCGUUGGAAACAUGGUUGGAUCUCAGAUCUUCAAGACACAGGAUGCGCCCACCUACACGCCAGGUGUUAUCGGCUGCUGCGUCUGCUUUGGCUUGGAGAUCGUCAUCAUCGCCGCUUGGCGUACAAUUCUCGUUCUUCGCAACCGCCGCCGUGAUCGUGCGCAAGCGACCGAUGGCCUCACCGACGAGGAGCGCGAGCGCCUUGGCAAGAUCAACGGCGAGAAGGACCUUACGGACUUCGAGAACCCCUAUGUGAGUCAGCCAUCUUUAACACUUUGCGACAUUGCUCACCGUCUCUUCUAG